AUGUUUGCCUUGAAAAUUGACCGUUUGCUUAUUGGUACAUUACGUGCUCGGAUCACAGCCGGAAUCCGAAAGCGAGAUAAUUCUACGAAACAAUUACGCUUAAGUUACUAUCACCAUGCAAUGCCAGGUCCAAUGGUUUACAAAACAUUAAGUCAGAACUUUGAUACAAUCGCCGAUCAAUAUUCUGAUGAUGAAUGUCUUGUUUUCAAAGGCGAACAAAAACGAUACACAUACAAAACAUUUAAAGAGGAAGUUGACAACAUAGCAGCGUCUCUUCUCGAUUUGGGAUUCAAAAAGUACGAUCGUCUCGCUGUUUGGCUUCCCAAUACAUCUGAAAAUGUAACCAUUUCUUAUGCAGCAUCGAAAUUGGGUCUGAUUAAAGUAAAUAUCAAUCCAGCCUAUGUCGAACGAGAACUACAAUAUUGUAUUAAUAAAGUUGGUUGCAAAGGUAUUCUACUUUCAUCAUCGAUCAAAUCAUUGAAUACAUUCGAAAUUUUACGUCGAUUGGUACCAGAACUUAAUGAAGGUGUCUCGGCGACUAGCGAACUUUCAGCUAAAGCAGUUCCUACUUUAAAACAUGUCAUUUUGACUGGCGAAAAAACUUUCGUAUCAAAUGUAUAUUCAUAUGAAGAUUUACUUAGACGAGGUGCUCAACUAUCACACAAAAACCUUAUCGAACGACAAGCAUCGAUUGAUCCUGAUACACCUGUUGAAAUUUUCUACACUUCUGGGACUACAGGCCAACCAAAGGCAGCAACAUUGACCAAUUUCGGUAUAUACAAUUUGAUUCUUAGUCAGAGAAAACUUUUCGGUCAAUCAUUUACGCGUCUUUGUAUUCCUAUUCCAAUGUUCCACAUAUUUUCGGAAAUGGUCGGCGUGCUCAAUGCAGCAGUUGCCCCAUGUCAUCUUACUUUUCCAGCUGUUCUGCCCGAUACAAUUGCCACUAUGCGUGCCAUACAAGAAGAAAAAUGUACUGCACUGAUCGGAGCACCGAUUAUUUUUCGUGAUAUAUUGACGCAUCCAGAUCGGAAAAAAUACGAUCUCACUUCAUUGACUUUCGGUUUAUCAGGAGCAAGCUCAAUGCAUAUUGACUUUUUGCGUCAAUUAGAAAAAGAGUUUCCUAUCACACGUAUGGCACAAGCUUAUGGAAUGACUGAAACCGCCGGUAUCAUCACGUGUAGCAUGUGGGCUGGUGACAACGAUGUUAACAGACGUCUUUCGUCGAUCGGACAACCGAUGCCUGGUUUAGAACUAAAACUUGUCGAUCAACAGGGCAAUAUAGUACCCAUUGGUACGUCAGGUGAAAUCUGGACCAGAGGUCAUUCGGUUAUGUGUGGAUAUUAUGGCGAUGCCGAGAAAACACAAGAGACAAUCACACAUUCACGAUGGCUUAAAACAGGUGACGUAGGUAGAAUGGAUGAAGAUGGUUAUGUUUAUUUUGUUGGACGUCAAAAGGAAAUCAUUAUUCGUGGUGGCAUCAAUAUUUAUCCGGUUGAAAUCGAAAAUACAAUUGCUGAAUAUCCACAUGUACUAGAUGCACAAGUCUUUGCUAUUCCAAACGAACGAUACGAUGAAGAUGUGUGCGCUUGGAUUCGAUUAAAACCUGAUGCACCCAAAUGUGACAUAGAAGAUAUUCGAAAUUUUCUAAAAGACAGAUUAGCUUUCUUCAAAAUACCGACACAUAUGCGAAUUGUUGAUAAAUUCAUUAUGACUCCAACGGGUAAAGCACAAAAAUUCAAAAUGUCCGAAAUUAUGGCUAAAGAAUUAGAGAAGAACAAAGAAAAACAUUAA